AUGACAGAAUUUCAAGAGCUGUUUAAUAUGCCUAACACCUUAGGUGCAGUAGAUGGGACACAUAUUUCAAUAGCAAAGCCAUCUAUUAAUCACCCUACUGCACCUGGAAAUCUUUUCUAUAAUAGAAAAGGAUUCUACAGUAUUAACUGUCAGAUUGUGUGUAGUGCAAAAGGGAAAAUUAUUGGGCUCAAUCCAAAUUUUCCUGGCUCAACACAUGAUGCUGCUAUCUGGAGAGCAUCAACUAUAAAUCAUUUUUUAAAAAGUAAUUUUUUGUCUGGAGAGAGAAACCAAUGGCUUUUAGGUGACAAAGGAUACCCCCUGCAACCAUGGCUUAUGACACCACUAAUGGCACCAACAACGGAGGCAGAAAGGGCAUACAACAACUAUGCAUUAAAUGAUGAUAAUCAUUAUGAUGUGGAAAUACAAGAUGUAAAUAUUGUGGUUGAGGAAGAAAACCAAGAUUUUUUGAUAGAGGCAAGACAGAUUCGGGAAGAAUUAAUACAAACUCAUUUUAAUUAUUAG